CCAAAGUAAAACGAAGUCACGAAUUCAAUGCGCAUCACUCAUCAUUGCUGCGGCCACUUGAAAUUCCAGAUAAACCUUCCUUGUUGAGUCUAAUGAGCGACAGCGAAAUCAGUAUAACGUCCUCGCCCUUGUCGCAGGAGAUAAUGCUGUCCGACGACGAUCAGCAUGUCACCGAGAGAGAGGGAUCAUCAGCCAACGAGAAGAAUGAACUCCAGCAUUUGGGUGUAGGCCUCGUGGAUCAAACCGUGCUGGAGCGAGAAAUUAUGGCCAAAGCCGAUAAAGCUAUCGCCGAAAGAGACGAAGCUCUCGAUCAGAAACGUCUCGACAAAACUCGGAAAGAAAUUAGGUAAAACCAUUGACAUAAGGUCACCUCGAUCGAUGCCGUCUAAUAACACCAAACAAUCAUAGUGCUUGCCAAAAGCAACUAAGCACUUUGCGAUUAAAGUUGAAAGA